AUGGAGGAGCGCAGCCAGUCCAACUCCAGCGGGCGUCAACUAGAUGAUGGCCCCGCAAGAGUGCAGAGCAACUUGGCAUUUUCGGGCCCGGUCCUUGCCAUUCUAACGCUGAUGAUGGUGACUUUGGUGGUCGUGAUAGUUCUGGGCAACGCGCUCGUCAUGUUCGCUUUCAAAGUGGACAAGAGUCUGAGGAGGCAAUGUAAUUAUUACUUUCUGAAUCUGGCAAUAUCUGACUUUCUUGUUGGAGCGUUCUGCAUCCCGGUGUACAUGCCUUACAUCCUGACGGGCCGCUGGAUGCUUGGCAGGGGUCUGUGCAAGCUGUGGCUGGUCAUGGACUACCUACUGUGUUCCGCGUCCGCCUUCAGCAUCGUCCUCAUCAGCUACGACCGCUUCCAAUCUGUCACCAGAGCGGUGAGUUACCGGGCCAGACAGAGCACGUCUCACCCCGCCAUCAUCAAGAUGACCGCCGUGUGGGUGCUGGCCUUUCUCCUCUACGGCCCGGCCAUCAUAUUUUGGGAACUGGCGGUGGGCCGGAGUCGGGUGCCCGAUGAAGAGUGCUUCGCCGAAUUCUAUCACUCCUGGUACUUCCUGCUGUGCGCCUCCAUGCUGGAGUUCGUCUUCCCUUUCAUCUUUGUGGCUUUCUUCAACCUCAGCAUUUAUCUGAACAUACGCCGGAGGAGGCUCGGCUGCGGGGAGGCCCAGCUCAACCUUCAGCUAAAUGAAGCCGUGUCCGCCGGGCAAGGGGAAGCCAACCCCUCUUGCCACAUCUGGGGGACGGGAAGAAAAGUGGCCGUCAGAGGCUCCAUCCCCUCCCCGUCUUCGUCUCCCAAUUUGGGCAAAGUGGACCCGUCCAGCAGCAGCAGCAGCAGCAGCAGGGUGGCCCUGCCUAACCGUCUGUCCAGAGAUAAGAAAAUUGCUAAGUCGCUGGCCAUCAUUGUGUGCGUGUUUGCCAUCUGCUGGGCACCGUACACCCUACUGAUGAUCAUCCGCGCCGCCUGCAGAGGGCGAUGCAUCCCGCAGCACUGGUAUGAGGUCACCUUCUGGCUCCUGUGGCUCAAUUCGGCCACUAACCCUUUCCUCUACCCGCUGUGUCACAGCAGCUUCCGCAGGGCCUUUGCUAAAAUUCUGUGCCCAAAGCGGCCGACGAGCUCCACUCGCCCUUUAGCCGUCCUUCGGGCGGGCCGGUGACCCGCUCGACAGCUCAAACUGUGAAGUACAUGUAAAUGCUCACAAUCAUUUCUGUUUUUAUAUACACUAAAUGUUUACAGUCGUCAAUGAAUUGCUUCUAUUCCGUCGUGCAAACUUCAGCUUGAAUUCCACAAUAUAUUUGCACAACAAAUCAAUAUUGCUAUCGCCGUGGUGUUGCCAUGAAGUGGACGUUUAUGAAAAAUUCAUCUAGGAUGUCGUUCUACGUGUAAAAAGCAUUUUGCCAUCGUCACUUAGAAUAUUUACACUAUGAUAAAGAAACGUGCCAAACAAACACAUUUGUAAAAUGGACUACACCCUCACUCUUGUUCCCCUAAAUGUUUACAUUUGUUGAGAGCAAAAAGAUGUUUCCAACAAUGACUGUACUGUAGCGUUUAAGUGCGUUUGUUUCUUAUCACCACUAGAUGUCACUAUUUGUCUUUGCAGCGUUGAACGCGUGGAAGGCUUCAAAGCGUCGUUGACCCAAAUUGCUCUCUGAGUGACUGCAAUGAAUGAACAUUUAA